GCUGGUGGGUGGGCGUGAACCUCAGGACCCCAGUGUCUCGCUCCAAGAGGAAACAUGUCUAAAAAGGGACGCAGCAAGGGUGAGAAGCCCGAGACGGAGACGGACUCUGUGCAGAUGGCCAACGAGGAGCUGCGGGCCAAGCUAACCAACAUCCAGAUAGAGUUCCAACAGGAGAAGAGCAAGGUGGGCAAGCUGCGGGAGCGUCUGCAGGAGGCCAAACUGGAGCGCGAGCAGGAGCAGCGGCGCCACACAGCCUACAUCUCGGAGCUCAAGGCCAAACUUCACGAGGAAAAAACGAAGGAGCUGCAGGCGCUGCGUGAGGCGCUCAUCCGGCAGCAUGAGCAGGAGGCAGCUCGUACAGCCAAGAUCAAGGAAGGCGAGUUGCAGCGGCUGCAGGCCACGCUGAACGUGCUGCGCGAUGGCGCCGCAGACAAAGUCAAGACCGCACUGCUGGCCGAGGCGCGCGAGGAGGCUCGCAGGACCUUUGAUGGCGAGCGCCAGCGGCUGCAACAGGAGAUCCUGGAGCUGAAGGCGGCUCGCAAACAGGCGGAGGAGGCACUCAGCAACUGCAUGCAAGCCGACAAGGCUAAGGCCGCUGACCUGCGCGCUGCCUACCAAGCACACCAGGAUGAGGUGCACCGCAUCAAGCGGGAGUGCGAACGUGACAUCCGCAGACUGAUGGAUGAGAUCAAAGGGAAGGAGCGGGUGAUCCUGGCCCUGGAGAAGGAGCUUGGUGUCCAGGCCGGGCAAACCCAGAGGCUGCUACUUCAGAAGGAAGCUCUGGAUGAGCAGCUGGUCCAGGUCAAGGAGGCAGAGCGCCACCACAGUAGCCCGAAGCGGGAGCUCCCUCCUGGCAUUGGAGACAUGGCAGAACUCAUGGGUGGGCAGGAUCAACAUAUGGAUGAGCGAGAUGUGAGGCGAUUUCAACUAAAAAUUGCUGAACUGAAUUCAGUGAUUCGGAAGCUGGAAGACAGAAACACCCUGCUGGCAGAUGAGCGGAAUGAACUGCUGAAGCGCUCUCGGGAGACAGAGGUGCAGCUGAAGCCGCUGGUGGAGAAGAACAAGAGAAUGAACAAGAAGAACGAGGACCUGCUGCACAGCAUCCAGAGGAUGGAGGAGAAACUUAAGAGCCUUACGAGGGAGAAUGUGGAGAUGAAAGAAAAGCUAUCUGCUCAGGCCUCACUAAAGCGACACACAUCCCUGACUGACCUCAGUCUGACCAGGGAUGAGCAGGAGAUUGAGUUCCUGAGGCUGCAGGUGCUGGAGCAACAGCAUGUCAUCGAUGACCUCUCCCUGGAAAGAGAACGCCUGCUGCGCUCCAAGAGGCAUCGAGGGAAGAGCCUGAAGCCCCCCAAGAAGCAUGUUGUGGAGACAUUUUUUGGAUUUGAUGAGGAGUCCGUGGACUCAGAAACGCUGUCCGAGACGUCCUACAACACUGACAGGACGGACCGAACCCCAGCCACACCUGAGGAGGACUUAGAUGAGACCACAACCAGAGAAGAGGCUGACCUGAGGUUCUGCCAACUGACCAGGGAGUACCAGGCCCUGCAGAGGGCUUACGCCCUGCUUCAGGAGCAAGUGGGGGGGACGCUGGAUGCUGAGAGGGAGGCCCGGACUCGGGAGCAGCUUCAGGCUGACCUGCUGAGGUGCCAGGCCAAAAUCGAGGACUUGGAGAAGCUGCUGGUUGAGAAGGGACAGGACUCUGCCUGGGUAGAGGAGAAGCAGGUACUCAUGAGGACAAACCAGGACCUGCUGGAGAAGAUUUACAGGCUGGAGAUGGAGGAGAACCAGCUAAAGAGCGAAAUACAAGACGCCAAGGACCAGAACGAGCUGUUAGAAUUCCGAGUGCUAGAGCUCGAAGAGAGAGAGCGGAGGUCGCCAGCCUUUAACCUCCAAAUCACCACCUUCCCCGAGAACAACAGCAGCGCUCUCCAGCUGUUCUGUCACCAGGAAGGAGUAAAGGGUGUGAAUAUCUCUGAACUUAUGAAGAACUUAGAUAUCCUUGGCGAUAACGGGUGGCUGAAGCAGAUAGAGGGAACAGAGGCAGCCCUCACCCAGAAGAUGAUGGACCUGGAGAAGGAGAAGGACUUGUUCAGCAGGCAGAAGGGCUACCUGGAGCAGGAACUGGACUACAGGAAGGAAGCCCUCGACCAGGCCUACCUGGUAGGACCAGAAAAAAUCCAGGACCUGGAGGCCACCUUGUACAAUGCACUGCAGCAGGAGCCCGGGAGAAGAGCCAGCGAGUCACUGAGUGCCAGCCAGCGCGAGGACCUACAGGCAGCUGUAGAGAAGGUGCGCAGACAGCUCCUGCGUCAGAGCCGGGAGUUCGACAGCCAGAUCCUGCGGGAGCGAAUGGAGCUGCUCCAGCAGGCCCAGCAGAAAAUCCGGGAGAUGGAGGGCAAGUUGGAACUGCAGAGGCGCCAGCUGAAGGAGCUGGAGGAAAAGCAUUCAUUCUGUGGCCUUGAUGACUCCCAUGCGCCGAGAACUCGGGCUAGACAAAGAGCUUUCGGAAUCACCUGAGUCCCCGUGGUGCCCCAUCCUCACUCAGACCAAAAUCCAACAGUGCGACAAGUUAUUCGAAGUCCGGAGCCUGAACCCAGAACUUAUGCACAUUUGACAGUCACUUAAAGGGGAGGCCUGGGGACCUGGCCGGCCUCUGCUGUGGAACUCUGUGGGACAAUGGGGAAGCCUCCCCAGUGUCUCCACUGUGGCAUCUUCAAGAGCCAAGGACAAAGGAUCUGGAUGGCAAGAAUCUAAGUGCAAUUAGCGGAAACCCAGGGCAUGAGAGCUGCUGCCUCAGGGGAUAGGUGUAAGCCUGUCCCCGUGCUGUGUGCCUCCCUGAAGGCGCUAGAUGUGCCUAGAUGGAUACAGACACCCCCUCUGCCCUAUGUACAUAAACCUCCAUGGACUGAG